AUGUCCAACACUACGGGCCAGGGCGACUCCCAGCCCACCGAGGCGGCCUCGGUGCCAAACCCUCAACCAUCAUCUCCCGCCGACAACAACAACACCGACAACAACUCGGCCGAUAAUAACUCGCCCUCGACUGCGGGUAACAAUUCUCCUACAUCUGCCGCCAACCCGCCGGCCACUUCAGAUUCAAACGACAACAAUGCGUCAGCUACCAACAAUGAGCCAAGUGACUCUCCAACUGAGGCACCCAGUCCUUCAAACAGUCCCAGUCCAACACAGGCCAAUUCGGCAGAAGAAACACAAAAUGCACCAUCCUCUGAUGAUUCAAGCCCUUCACCGACGGAGAACAAGCCCGAAACUCAAGCUACUCAAUCAAACGCGCAACCGACUACCGAAGAGUCCAAGCCAUCUCCUACGAAUGACAACAACAACGAUAGCUCUAGCGAAGACAGCCAGCCGUCUGCCUCCGAAAUCACCACAUCCGAAAUCCUAUCGACCAUCGUUACAAUUACAGGCAGCAAGGGCCCAGAAACUAGCAUAGUGCUGGUUACGGCUAUUAGGACUCAAAGGGUCACCGCUACUGAAGCGUCUGCCUCAGCGACGAACUCGGAUGAUGCCGAGGCCAUUGAUUCUUCCAAGGGCAGCGGUGGCGGUGGUGGACUGGACCAAAAGAGCAAGGUUGCCAUCGGCGUUGCCGUUCCAAUUGCUGCCAUUGCCCUCCUUGCUCUCCUCGGACUGUUCUGGUGGAAGAAGCGGAAGACCAGAAGGCAGGCCGAGGAGGAGCGUCGCAAGGAGGUUGAGGAUUAUGCUUACAACCCCAAUGCCGACCCUACGAUCCCAGCUGUUGGAAUGGCGGAUGGCGGUUAUGAGAUGAGGGAAGAUGGAUCCUCAGGCUACCGUGGUUGGGGCAACACCACAAUCGGCUCGACCGGGCGCAAGGCCUCCACCACUAUGUCUGGUGGCGUUAAUGGCCAAGCUUAUUCUGACGUUACUUCUCCGACCCGGGGUAACUUUUCGGAUGCACGAUCGGGUGAGCCCCUGAUGGACGGCUCACACUCUCCAGAGGGUGAGAUCCUGGGAGCCAUGGGCCCCUCAGCUGCCAACAACCGUGGCGCCGAGGUGCACCGCGGACCUUCCAACGCCUCAUCUUCAUACAGUGCCGCUGCCCGAUCCGAUGCCUCAGACCCCAUGGGAGUACCAUAUGGCGCCGGUGGCUCGUACUACGAUCAAUACACUCAGAACCCAUACACCGAUAACGUACCACAGCAAGCGGUUAUCCGAGACAACCCGGCUCGUCGAAACACACGCAUUGAAAGUCCCUCUCACUACCCUCAACAGAGCGCGGGUAUCUCUCAAAACUUUUAA